CUCCCGAUGUAAUAGCAGACAGAAUUGUUGCAUUUGUUUGUCAUAUUGAUCUCGGUAGAUGGAUUGAAUAUUUAUUUAGAAUCACAUUUUCUGAAACUAUUAAUUUUUCGCUAUAUUUAUACAUGCCUUAAACUAAACCACUUAAGCCUAUAUUUCGUUGUACAAUAUUUUCUAAUAUUCGUAGCAUUUGAGUCAUCUGGUAUAGUGUAUGAAGAUGCUUUUAAAAGUAGUGUUGCUUGCAAUCUAAAAUGGCAAAUCGAACUGUAAAGGAUGCAAAAUCUAUUCGGGGAACGAAUCCUCAAUAUUUGGUAGAAAAAAUAAUCAGAUCUCGAGUAUAUGAUUCGAAAUAUUGGAAGGAAGAAUGUUUUGCUUUAACUGCGGAGCUUUUAGUUGAUAAAGCUAUGGAAUUAAGAUUUAUAGGUGGUGUGUAUGGUGGAAAUGUGAAACCAACACCAUUCCUUUGUCUUAUACUAAAAAUGCUUCAAAUACAACCUGAGAAGGACAUCAUAGUUGAGUUUAUAAAGAAUGAAGAAUUUAAAUAUGUUCGUGCAUUGGGAGCAUUGUACAUGAGAUUAACAGGAUCAUCUCUAGAUUGUUAUAAAUACUUGGAACCGCUGUUCAACGACAAUAGAAAAUUGAGGAAGCAAAAUAAACAAGGUCAAUUUGAGUUGAUUCACAUGGAUGAAUUUAUAGAUGAACUUUUACGAGAUGAAAGAUCGUGCGAUGUUAUUCUGCCAAGAAUCCAAAAAAGGCACGUUCUAGAAGAAAAUAACGAACUGGAGGCAAAAAUAUCAGCAUUGGAGGAUGAUAUGGACGAAGGGAUAGAGACAUCGGAAGAUGAAGAUAUACCCCCUGUUAAGGAAGACACCCGUAAGAGAACAGAUGAUCAUGAGAGAGACAGGGAUCGUCAUAGGGACAGGGACAAACGACAUUCACGUUCUGACAAGAAGUCCGACAGGGAGAAACAAAGAUCAAGGAGCAGGGACAGGGAUAGAGAAAGACGGGAACGUAAACGUAGCAAGUCGCCAAAAAGUCAUUCCUCGUCACACAAGGAAAAAGACAGAGAUAAGGAUCGACACAGAAGAGAUGACAGGGACAGAGAUAGGGAUAGGGAUCGAGAUCGAAGACGAGAACGCGACAGAACCAGACAUUAAAUCGAAACAUUGGAAUUACAAUUUUUUGUACAGGACGUAAUAAUAAAAGUUUCUAAUUAUCAGGCGAGUCUGAAAUUAAAAAUAAUAUAAUUAUUGAAUUUUUUAUUUUGUUUACUACACUUUGGUCGUGAUCAACAAAAGUGUGCAACAUUUACAGAGAAUAGUUUCAUGUUAAAAUUAUAGUACUCGUCGAUAGAAAUGCUACACAGUAGCUUAUAGUAUCCAUACAUUAUGUGUUCCAAGUAACAAUAUUUGUUUUUUUAUAACAUUAUGAUAUUCAUUCAUACUGGAAUCAUUUGUUCGACUUAACAAGAACAAGAUACGCUGACCGUUACUUUUAGGAUUAUUUACAAAAUAGUAGAGAACAUUUAUCAUUGCAGUUGUUAACAAACAAAAAAAAACAGUUCCAAAGAUACAUUUUUUUUUAACGAUAUAGAGUGAUAUUUCAGAGUAAUCUUUUUUUCAACAAUACAAUGACAAAUUUUCUCAAGCACCAUAUAAUAAAAUAGGUUGAGAAUGUCAUAGCCUGUCUGUAAAUGUAAUCUAUACGAUUUUACACGCUUAAUGUCUUCGAAUAUAUAUAUAUACAUUUUCACACGCGUACCUUAUUUCACAGUACUUUUCAUAAUUAAAAAUAAUGAGCAAAAGUAUAGUAUCAAUACGCGAGAAAGAGCAUCGGUAUACUUAUCGUUUCUGAUGCUUGGUUUUGCUAUUAACAAAUUACUAUUCAUCAAAUCGAUAUAAAUUGUCACUGAACAAUGCUCAUUUUCAAAUUAUAUUAGUCUCGUGAAUAAUUUUUUAAAAUAUUACUAAUUAUAUCCGUUUUUAAAAUGUUGGUGAAUUUAAAAUAAAUAAUCUCUCUUCCUCUUU